UCCCAAGCAUCAUGAGAUGUGAAUUGUGACAGUUCCAGUGAAAUAUUCCGUGUGGAAAAAUGCAGCCCAAGAGAAAAAGAACUGCGAGAAUUAGUGAGGCGCAGAAGAUGGUUUUAGUGGAUUUUAUGAAAGAACAUCCUAAACUUCUUACUGGAAAGUAUGAUUUGCAUUUUCGACACACCGAUGGACAGAGAUUGUGGGAGCAAGCCAUGAAGAUUCUGCAUAAUGUUCCUGGAUCAAGAAAGACUUGGGAUCAGUGGCGAAAGGCAUGGCACGAUACAAGAAAACAAGUAAGACUUAAAGUUGAAGAACUAAAUCGUCUGCACAAAAAUAAAAUUCCACAAUCAGAGGCCUUAUGCCAUGUAGAUGAAGCUAUAAGAAAGCUUUAUAACUAUCAAUACACUGCCGAAAUUGUGGCAACAACACGGCCAAAAAAAGAAGUUAAUUCAAAUAAAUCUAAUCGAGAAUCAAUUGAGCAAUUGGAUGAGAUCAAUUUAAAAGGUGACCCGGAUGAAGAUAUGGAAGAAGAGGAUCCAAUAUCUGUUCCAAAUGAUUUUGAAGCUUUUUCGGCAAUUGAUGACAUUCCAGAAGAUUCAGACGAAUACUUACCAUCUGUAAGAAGCAUUCAGGAAGUUCAUAUAGAUGAACAAGAAGACUUAGACUCUGAACCUGAGACUGUGACUCAGAGAAGGACUUCAAAGCGUCAAAAGGAAAAGGAUAAUCCCGAUGUUAAAGCCAGUCCUUUUGCCCAAAUGGCUCAAGAAUUAAUGGAAAGUUGUAGGCAGCAGGCAAAAAUCCAAGAAGAGUACUACAAAAAUCAUUUGAAUCUCAUUAAGGAACAGACAAAUGCAAUUAAAAGUUUUCUGGAGGAGAGCAACAGACAAAGGGAGGAUUUGAAUAAGCACAUGGAGAUUCAGAUAGAAUUGACAAAUACUAUGGGAGAAAUCUUGAAAAUGCUCAAGAAAUAAAACAUGAAAAACUACCAUGAAAA